AUGGACGCGCUGCUGGACGGCCUCAACGAUGCGCAGCGGAGCGCCGUCACUAGUCCUGCAUCCAUCCUGCAGGUACUUGCUCCGCCCGGUUCUGGGAAAACGAAAACGCUCACGGCGCGCGUCGCGUAUCUGGUCAAUCACGAGCGACUGCAACCAUGGAACAUAAUUGUCUGCACCUUUACCAUCAAGGCCGCACGCGAGAUGAAAGAGAGGAUCUGUGGCUUUGUCGGCGAAGGUACCGAAAAGAAGUUAAUUCUGGGCACUUUUCACUCGGUCGCCCGCCGCUUCCUCGUUCGCUACGGCCAGGAGAUUGGUAUUCCAAAGAACUUUGGCAUUGCCGACACUACCGAUAGCAAGUCAAUCAUCAAGCGAAUUAUCGACACUCGACAGUGCCUUGUACCGCCCGAUCAGGCUCGCAGUCGGAUUUCUGGGCUCAAGGCACGCAAUGUUUCCGCAGGGCAGUUUGCCGCCACCCAGAAGAAGGCAGACGAGCAUGAGUUUGCAAAUGUCUACUACGAGUACGAAGAGCAAUUGAAGUCACAAAACCUCCUGGACUACGAUGACCUCCUCGUACGGUGCGUAGAGCUUCUUCAAAGGAAGCCGGAGUGCGUGUCCAGCAUACAGGCCGUGCUGAUUGACGAAUAUCAAGACACGAAUAAUGUGCAAUAUGAGCUUAUGAAACUUCUGGCUCAGGCAAGGGGACGCAUCACGAUCGUUGGCGACCCAGAUCAGAGCAUAUACAGCUUCCGUGCAGCUGAGAUUAAGAACCUACUCCGGAUGCGGAAAGAUUACCCAGACUCUUGUGUCAUCAACCUUGAAAUGAAUUACCGGUCUUCUGGUUGUAUCCUGACCACAGCGAUGGCUGUUAUCGAACAAGACGAGUCUCGUCCCGAAAAGGCACUUAUUGCAACGCAUUGUGUGGGUGAGCACCCCACGCUUCGUCACCUAGCCAAUGCGCAAGUCGAAGCGUGGUGGCUUGUCGACGAGAUCCAACGAACAACAACACUUACUGCAGGGCUGUUGGGCUACAACGAUUACGCCAUUCUCAUUCGCUCAGCCGCGCUAUCCUUGUCGAUCGAAAGAGCACUCGCCAAAGCAGGCAUACCCUAUCGCAUGGUCGGUGGCUUACGUUUCUUUGAUCGGGCAGAGAUCAAACUUGUGCUAGAUUAUCUACGCAUCAUCAACCAACCGGAGAGCAACGACGUGUUGAUGCGGGUCAUCAAUCGACCAUCCCGGAAAAUUGGAGAGAGCACCGUCAAAGCCCUUGUUAAAGAAGCAGAAGAGGAAAAGACGUCUUUCUGGACACUCAUUCUAGCUAUUGCUCAGGGCAGAAGGAAACCACGAUCCAAAGUCGCGAAGCCUGCGCAAUUCGGGAUCGAGACAUUCGUGAACCUCAUACUGACUUCCCAAAAGAAACUUCGACAAGAAGACUCAUGCGAUCUCCUGGGUCUGAUCGAUCAUGUCAGCAAAAAGAUCAAUCUCGAAGCCUAUCUGAAGAACACAUACAAGGAAGACUGGAAAGAGCGGUGGGCAAAUUACGAGGAGCUUGUCUCUCAAGCGACACAAAUGGCGACAAGUGUAGUGGAUGGUGAAGAAGUCGCCGACGAUGCGUUGCCGGUGGUUGAGGGUAUCGAACAGCGUCAAGAUACGGCUGCUGAUAUCCUUUCGAAAUUUCUUGCGAAUGUCACUCUAUCGUCCGCUGUGGAGCAGCCAAACGGAGAAGAAGUAAGUCAGGUCACCAUCUCCACCAUACAUGCCGCCAAAGGACUCGAGUGGCCUGUGGUCUUCCUUCCAGCAGUCUACAAUGGAUCGAUACCUCAUUCUCGAGCUGAAGACCAUGAUGAGGAGAGACGUUUGCUUUAUGUCGGCAUGACCAGAGCUAAGGGCUUGCUAUACUUGAGCUGCCCCGUCAAGCUCGCUUCAUCGGACGACACUGUCUUGUCGAAAUUCGUCGACGACCCUGAAAUACAAAAGUUCUUCAGCCGUAGUGGCCCGAGCAUUGGGUCCUCCGCCAUAAGGGACCUCGCACAGAUACUUGGACGAGCUUGCCCGCUUGCUUCAGAGGUCCAGACCGCUCAGAGCUUAGUGGAGCGUAUAGAAGAUGACAAAUAUCCAUUUACCAGGGAUGAAAUAGACGGCACGGAGUGCUGGUCCAACUUCCCAAAUACAAAAAAUGCCUCGUCAGAACCGUGGGCCAAACGACCAAAGAACCAACACUCGACUUUCGAGCAGGGUGGGAAUUCGUACGAGAAUGUGGAGCAGUGGCAUUCUGGAGGAGGCUAUAGCAUGGGUAUUACCAACGUCGGCGGAAACACUGGUUUUACGAGUGCUAGGGAUGUGCGAACUCUGCAGCAAGAGGCCGAAAACGCACGAAUGCUCGCAAGCGCCAACGCACCUGGCAGAUUAGCUUACAGUGAAGUCAAUGUGCUGGGCACGUCAUCAAAGCCGGUGUUUAAAGAAGUCAACAGGCUUGGUACGAACUCAACACAGUCGAAGAGAAGCAAGCCACGUGCCGCAGGACAGGGCUCCAUCACCGGCUUCUUCAAGCGUUCCGCGAGCUCCAUGUCCGAGGAACAAGAUCCGCCACUUCGCGUCCCAAAACUUCAAGCACUCCCUCGGAACACGCCUACUACAUUCUCUCGUCCACUCGCAGAUGUCUCAAAUAGGCAGCCCCAUUCCCAUCCUCCACGACCCUACCGCCCCUACCAACCCCCCUCAUAUCCUAGCCACACCCUUCACACCGCGCCCAUGUCCAGCAAACCGAAGAAAGCCCCUUGCGACGAAUCUUCGAAAUACGUCCUACUCUCAAGCUCCCCACCAAAACCAGACAACGAGCCCAUCGUAAUCUCAUCGGAGGACAAGAUCGAUCCGGUGAGAAGCGAGCCUUCAACAUCGGGCUUCCGGCCGGCAUCGACGUUCCACACUACGUCGAUGAACCAGCUGCAGAAUCAAUCUGGGGGCGGCGUGCAGAGGAGGACGCUGGGUGCGAGGAGGAGCAUGCAGGGGUGGAGUGUUAAGCAUAGUGCGCCACCGCGGCCUAGGCAGUCGCAGUAG